AUGGGUUUCGGGGAAGAAAGGUUCAAUGUUCUUCUUUUGCUCACACAGAUUGAUGGCGUGGUCACAAUCCUCCCAGUGCAUUUGAAAAACAAAGGAAUUGUCAUUUACCAGCAUGGGUUUUACACAGUUUUAAAGACAGACUUUGGGCUAACAGUGAGCUAUGACCUGGCCCACAGCGUCUUUGUCACACUUUCCCCUCAAUACCAAGGCCAGGUAUGUGGGCUGUGUGGGAACUUCAAUGGGGUCGCUGACGACGACUCGGAGACACGCAAUGGAUCUACAGUGAAGCAUGCCUUGGACGCUGCCCUAGACUGGAGGUCAACAGACAUUCCCCAUGGCGCCUCUUCUGCUAUAUUUGGUCGGCGGGGAAGUCUUGUCCAGUCUAUAUCUCUGUGCUGGAUAAUACAGAAUCCUGAUGGGCCAUUUGCCUCUUGUCACUUGCAAGUUGACCCAGAACCUUAUCUGACACGUUGCAUUUUUGACCUGCACAUCUCCGCCGGGGACAACAACGUCAUGUGCUGGUCCAUUCAGACAUAUGCAGCGGCCUGCCAAAGAGCCAAUGUAACCCUCCGGCCCUGGAGGACGGAGUUUUUCUGUGCUGCAGAUUGCCCAGCAAAUAGUCACUAUGAGCUCUGCAAGCCGCCUUGCCAAGAUCUGUGCUUGAGCUCCACAUUUAAACACCUCUGCGGCCCCCUGUGCUCAGAAGGGUGCGCCUGUGAUGAUGGAUACUUGUGGAAUGGAGACAAGUGUGUUCAGCCUGAGCAAUGUGGAUGUAAACACAAUGGGCUGUACUACAAUAUUGGAGACCUUCUCUGGCUCUCUGGUUGCACACAAAGGUGCAGUUGUGAUGCUUCUUCCACCUUCCGCUGUGUCCCAGCAAGCUGCAGCCACGGACAGCAGUGUGCUCUCAAGGAUGGCAAGCUGGGCUGCAGGCCUCGGCUGGCCACUUGCACCGUGUCCGGGGAUCCACAUUACUUCACUUUCGACGGGGCUGUGGCGCAUUUCCAGGGCACUUGCGCCUACGAGAUCUCAAAGACUGACGGCUCCUCUACUGACCUCUCCUUCCGGGUGGUGGCGGCUAACAAGAAUUUCCAGAGUCCUCUGGUGUCCUUUCUUUACCAAGUGGAAAUAUGGCUUGUCUCCAAGCAGUUCCGUUCUCAUGUUGUUUUGGAGCAAGGCAAAGAUGUGCAGGUUGAUGGGAGGCAGACCCCCUUGCCAACAGAGCUGAAGCAGUUGGCCAACAUCACGCAAAGGAGGAACGUGGUGACUUUGAGAGCGCCCCCCAAUCUGGAGAUCCAGUACAAUGGCCGCCAUGCUUUGUUUGUCCGUGUAGGCCCAGAAUACUGGGGAAAGCUGCACGGGAUGUGUGGGAACUUCAACGGCAUCCGCAGGGAUGAUAAGGUCUUGCCUGAUGGCAAGAAAGCCAAGAACGAUGCGGAGUUCGGCAACGCUUGGAUGUCGGACAGAAGCCCCUCAGAGUGCAGAAAUGACACCGGAGGAUUUGAGCCUUGUGUAAAGCAGCAAGAGUUUGAGCAAAUGUGUGGGAUUCUAAGAGAUCGCUCUGGGCCUUUCUCAGAGUGUCACUGGCAUGAGGAUCCAGCUUCUUAUUAUGAAUCCUGCAUCUAUGACCUCUGCCGGUUCGGACCAGGCAAUCUCAUGCUCUGUGGAGCCAUAGAAGCUUAUGAAGAGAUGUGUGAGAUGCUGGGAGUGACGGUGCCAAACUGGAGGAAAGAACUUAAGUGUGAAAUUGCCUGCCCGGCCAACACUUACUAUGAUUUCUGUGGCACAGCCUGCCCUGCCAGUUGCGCCAACCUCAAUGCUUCUGCCCAGUGCUCCAAGCCAUGUGUGGCAGGUUGUUUCUGCAGAGAAGGCCAUGUUUUGAAGUCUGGAGUCUGCGUGCCCUUGGAAGAGUGUGGCUGCAGGCUGAAUGGCCACCGCUAUCAGGUGGGCGAAGAGGUGAUCCUGACAGACACCUGCAGCAGGAAAUGCUCCUGCAAGCAGCCCGGCCAUCCCAUGGAAUGUUGGGACCACACCUGUGGGCCUCUAGAGAGAUGCAGAACCAUAGACAGCAUCCAGGGCUGUCACCCUGUGAAAUACAGCACCAUGUGGGCAUUCGGUUACCUCCACUAUAUCACAUUUGAUGGAGUUGCAUUUGAUUAUCGAGGUGUCUGCAGGUACACACUCACUAGGUACUGCGGCCCUCCCAGCCAGCUUCCUGCUUUCACCAUCCAUGUGACCAACGAACACAUGGGCUCCAUCGCAGCAUCUUGGACCAGACGGAUAGAGCUGGAUGUCUAUGGGGAACACAUUGCUGUAGCAGGAGGGCAAGAAGGCAAAGUGCAGGUAAAUGGCCUCCUGGCAAACCUGCCCCUCACUCUUGCAUCAGGGAAGAUCAACGCCUACUUCAGAGGCUCAUCCAUCAUCAUCCAGACUGAUUUUGGCCUCUCCGUUUCCUACGACUGGUCUUACUAUGUGUCCGUUUCUGUUCCCGAAACCUAUUCCGAGUCCCUCUGCGGCCUUGGUGGAGAUUUCAAUGGAAACCACCACGAUGACUUCAGGACCCCCAACGGCUCCUUGGCUCAGGAUGCCCUUGCUUUUGGCGACAGCUGGAAGGAUGCCAACUCCCCUUUCCACUGCACAGUGGUUGGGCUCCCGUCCUCAUGCACCGAAACCGAGGCAGCCCAGUUCAGAUCUCAAGGCCGCUGUGGAAUGAUUAGCGAUCAAAACGGACCCUUUAAAGAAUGCCACGACCUUGCAGAUCCUCAAAUGCACAUGGAGACCUGUGUGAAAGACCUGUGUGCCACUCAGGGCAGCCAUAAGACCCUGUGCAUGGCCCUUCAGAGUUAUGCUUGGCAGUGUCAGGUUCAGGGCAUCAUCAUUCAGCCAUGGAGGAAGAUUGUCGGCUGUGAGCUGACCUGCCCAUCGAAUAGCAACUACGUGCUCUGUGGAACUGCUCCCCCCGCUUCUUGCUCACAACCACCUGUGCCCAGGAGUUUCUCACCUGCCUGUUUAGAAGAAUGCCAGUGUGAACCUGGCUCAGUGCUGAGUGGCACCACCUGUGUGCUUCGGGAACAGUGCGGCUGCAGCUACAAUGGCCGAUACUACCUAAAAGGGGAAACAUUCUUCCAGGAAGGAGAGAAUUGCCAUAAGAUAUACCGGUGUGACGAAUCAGUCCAUGCCGUCGGUGGCGCAGAGUCCUUGUGCGGCCCCGGGCAGUUUUGCGGUAGCCAGAAUGGGGUGUACGGGUGUCACCUGUUGUCAGACGGUACCUGUCGGGUUUCCGGCUUUCUCAGCUACAUCACCUUUGAUGGGCGGCAUUAUGGUUUCCAUGGUGCCUCCACGACUGUCGUGGUUGAACUGUGUGGGGCACCAGAGUCCUUGCCAUCUUUUAGAGUUGAGGUGAAGACCGAGAAUGUGGCUGGAAAUCCUUUACCUGUGAUAUCAGAAGUGCUUGUGCUAGCGAAUAAUACACAGAUAUCUCUGAAGAGAGAACGCCAGGGCACUGUCCAGAUUGACGGCGUGGCUUUAAACCUCCCCGUGCAAAUCCAGGCCCUGGGAACUGCCAUUUAUCAGCAUGGCUUUUACACAACUUUAAAAGCAGACUUUGGGUUAACGGUGAUCUAUGACCUGGACCACGGUCUCCUUGUCACACUUCCCCCUCAAUACCGAGGCCAGACCUGCGGGCUGUGUGGGAACUUUAAUGGAGCUGUUGGUGAUGAUUUCCCGUUGAAAAAUAGCUCCACAACAAAAAACACGUUGCAUUUUGGUGACCUCGAUGGAUCUCGUGCCUCUAACCCCAUGUUUGAUCUCAUCUGGUCAAAAUCUAUGUGCUGGAUCAUCCAGAAUCCAGAUGGGCUGUUUGCCUCUUGCCACUCCCAAGUUGAUCCAGAGCCUUAUCUGACCGACUGCAUCUUUUACUUUCAUCUCUCUGUCGGGGACAACACCACCUUGUGCCGGUCCAUUCAGACAUACGUAAUGGCUUGCCAGAGAGCCAAUGUUACCAUCUCACCUUGGAGGACAGAGACUUUCUGUGGCUUUGACUGCCCUGCCAAUAGCCACUACAAGCUCUGUGGGCCUCCCUGCCAGGACGUCUGCUUCAGUGCUUGGAUUAAGCCCCACUGCCUUCCUAUGUGCAUUGAAGGGUGUUUCUGUGACAGAGGGUACCUGCGCAGCGGAGACAGAUGCAUCCCAGAAGAGCAGUGUGGCUGUGUGCACAAAGGGCUGCAUUAUAAGAUUGGGGAGCGGGUCUGGCUCCCUGGUUGCCGUGAGAGGUGCAUCUGUGACGGCCCUUCCGACUUCCGCUGUGUCCCAGCCAGCUGUAACCUCGGCCAGAAGUGUGCUGUGAAGGAUGGGAAGCUGGGCUGCCAUACACGGUGGGGAACCUGCACGGUCACUGGGGACCCUCACUACUUCACCUUUGAUGGGGCUGUGGCGCAUUUCCAGGGCACUUGCGCCUAUGAGAUCUCCAGGACUUGCCACCCCUCCCCUCCCUUCUUCUACCGGGUUGUUGCAGAGAACAGGAACCAGGGAAACCCUCAGGUGUCAUUUGUGAGCCGAGUGGAAGUCUGGCUGAAGAAUGAAAUGCUGAGCUUUCAUGUAAUCCUAGGGAGUGGCCAAACAGCAGAGGUCAACCAAGAAAGAGUACAACUACCCCACAGCCUGGGAGCCCUGGGUGCUAUUUCCAAGGUCAAAAACAUUGUGACAAUAAAAACAGUAGCCGGUGUGGAGAUCCAGUACAACGGCCGCCACACACUCUUUAUCCAUGCGGGACCAGAGUACCAGGGGAAACUGUGUGGAAUGUGUGGGAAUUUCAACGGCAUCCGUAGAGAUGACAAAGUCCUGCCUGAUGGAAACAGAGCCCAGAAUGACUUGCAAUUUGGGAAUGCCUGGAAAACAGAUACAAGCCCAAUGGGGUGCUUGGAUGACACUGUAGCACUAGAGCCAUGCAAAGAUCCCCAGGAAUAUGAAGAGGUCUGUGGGGUCCUGGUUAACAAAUCAGGACCAUUUGCUGAGUGCCACUGGCAUGUGGACCCAUCUCCUUUUUAUUUGUCCUGCUUAUAUGACUUGUGCCACUAUGGGGUGGCUAAUGGCAUGUUGUGUGUGGCCCUCAGCGCUUAUGAGGAACGGUGUCUUCUUAAUGGGGUCCACGUCAGUGGCUGGAGAGCAGCUGCCCGGUGCCCCGCAGCAGACCCCUGCCUUGACUUGGCAUGUGGAGACAAUGAAUGGUGUGGUGAGAAAAACGGGAAAUGGGGCUGCUUCUGCCACAGAGAUUAUAGCCCUGCCAAACGGGCUUCUUAUGAUUACCGGUUGACAUGCGGCGGCAGCAACAGUGCCGUGUCUCUCUCCCGCUGCCUGCUCUUCGCCGAUGGAUUCCCCGCUGAGGAACUGCAUUUGGCAGAUCCCACCUGCGCUGGCACGCUUGUCGGAGACAGGCUCCUCUUCUACUUUGAUACUGUGCAGAAGACCUGUGGGACCACAAUGGAGAUCAACACAACCCAUGCCAUCUACUUCAACGCAGUGGAGGGCCGUGUGGAGAACACCUACGGAGGGGUGAUCAGCAGGGAUCGCUUUCUCUUCCUGCGCUUCUCCUGCGCCUACCCGCUGAACAUCAACCUUUCAAUGACAUCUGCCAUCCAUCCCAUCCAGGACAUCAUUAACACCACUCUCACCUCCGGCCAAGGGAGCUACCAGACCACCAUGACUUUGUACCAAGACCCUCAGUACAGCCGGCCCUUCACCCAGAGCCCUAUCCUACUCACUGUCAAUCACAGGGCCUAUGUGGGCAUCAGCAUCUCGGGGGCAGAUGCCACCCACUUUGUACUGACCUUGUCGUCGUGCUGGGCCACACCGGACAAAGACGCCUCCUCCAGCAUUCGGUGGGAUAUCAUCACCAACCAGUGUCCAAACCCUCGAGAUGGCACCGUGGUAGUUGAAAAGGAUGCCGUGUCCCUCACUGGCCAUUUCUCCUUCAAUGUCUUUGCUUUCAUCCCAGAUUUGGAGGAGGUGUACCUGCACUGUCGUAUCCGCCUCUGCAGCUUCCUUACCGCCAGGUGCACCGUGAAUUGUGACAAGCCAGGCCCUGCGAUUGCUGGAAGGAAGCCUCCAUCGGGCAUUGUCUCAGCUGGCCCUUUCUUGAGAUAUGAUGAUUCUCUUGAUCAAGGGCUCCGGCUGGCCGCCAGAAGCUGCACUGCACCCUCCAUCACCAUUCUGCCUGUGCUGCUCAGUGCCAUCAUUUCCUGCAACAUCUUCUGCUAA